CGCCGCUGUGUAAAACGUUGUUUUGGUUUGGCAAGCGGCAGAUCUGGUCACGAAACCCUCACGCAGCAGCCACAAACGCGCGGUAAAAUGUAUUCCCUUAGCUCGCAGAAAAAGUUCUGGACUUUCAAAACCGAGCAGGAGCUGGCCGAGCUGCGUGUGAAACAAAACGUUCGCUUUAUUGCCAAGCAUGGGGCCAGCAUGACGGAAGAACAAAGGCAGGCGCACUUCCUAUCUGCGGAUGAGGAGCGAUUGUUGCUGAAACAGUAUGAGCUACAGUUGAAAGAGUUCUGCAAACGAUUCGAGCCACCGAUGCCCAAAUACGUCGUGGGGACAGCAUUCCACUACUUUAAGCGGUUUUAUCUGAACAACUCGUCAAUGGAUUAUCACCCGAAGGAAAUUUUGGCAACAUGCGUUUAUUUGGCCUGCAAGGUGGAAGAGUUCAACGUUUCCAUCGCACAGUUUGUGGCCAACAUUAAGGGCGAUCGGGUCAAAGCGAUGGACAUUAUUCUGUCGAACGAGCUGUUGCUGAUGCAGGAGCUCAACUACUACCUCACGAUACACAAUCCGAUGAGACCUAUAGAAGGAUUUCUAAUCGAUAUUAAGACCCGAUGUAACAUGAGCAAUCCCGAUCGUUUGCGGCCCGGGAUAGAAGAUUUCAUCGACAAAACGUUUCUCACCGAUGCGCCCCUGAUGUACGCACCGUCACAGAUAGCUCUGGCGGCCGUUCUGCACGCCGCCAGCAAGGAGCAGGAGAAUCUGGACAGCUACGUUACGGAAUCGUUGUUUGGGUCGGCCAAGGACAAGCUGCCGGUGUUGAUUGAAGCCGUCCGGAGGGUUCGCUCGAUGGUGCGCACGAUCGAACUGCCGCCAAAGGACCGGGUACGGUUUCUGGAGAAGAAGCUGGAAAAAUGUCGCAACCAGGAGAACAACCCCGACAGCCAGAUCUACAAACAACGCAUGAAGAAAAUGUACGAAGACGAAGACGAUCUGGACGUUAUGGGGUCUUCGUACCAUAUGAACGUUUCGGAUGCAAGCCUGGACGUUUCGCAGCUAAACACCACCAAUCCGGCAAACAUGACGAUCGAUUAGACUGCUGACGGUCGAGUCUAAACCGUAAGCAAACAUUGCAUAUACAUGAACGUUUAGUGAAUCUGUGUUCUUUGUCGCCAGUGGUAAUUUCUGGGCUGAUUUUCUGAAACCUAUUCCAUGAUUAAAAAUCGCUGCUCUUAUAAAAAUAAUUUAAUUUUCGGAUAUUUACAAUGUUAAAGUCCAAAGCCAACACCAACGUUUCAAUAUUUAAGGAUUCUUUAUUACAAUCGAAAUUCCACCUCUAUGGUCGAACUGGAAGCCUGGGAUGUUCGGUCUCCUUGUGUGCCUGUGCAGCCAUCGCGUCUCCACCCUUUGGUAUGAUCGGUCCGGAUGGGAUGGCAUCAAGUAUCAAGGGGAGGAAAAUGCCUGCUAGAAAUAGAGUUAGUGCCGUUCACGAAAUAAUAAGGAGUGAAGAAAAAUAAAACAAUUCACCACCAGCAAUGGCAUCACCUUGGGUAAAUGGGAGACGCGUCGAAUGUAACAUCACCGAAAGUGGCCAUAUUAAACAAUAAGGCAACGCAAAGUAAAUGCCUUGUUUCUGUCUUCUUGUUUGCAGUUUGCUGAAGGAAGGUUUGAGCACAGAAGAGCGUGAAAUAAAAGCUGGCAAUCACUUUCAAUCAUCAAAAGAAGUAGAUUGUUUGGUAGCGCAGAGAAUGAUAGCAUUCUGGUGUCGGCAGUAGAAGUACAAUCGAAAAGAAAAACGGCCAAGCGUAUUAAAAAAGUAGAAAGUUUCGUUUGCACAGCGUAGUCAAAGGAAUUGAAAUUGCUGCAAGGCUCUUUUGAGUAAAGCAAACAGUUAAAAAUUUUCCGUUUUUUUGUAAUUGCUUUCAUUUCGCUCAGCACGCAAAAAAACACAACCACUGCGCUUACGAUGUGUGUGUGUGUUUAAAGUGUAACAGUCGUUGUGGUUUGUCCCGUUUUAAAAUUGUUGCUGAAAUAUUGAUGCUUUCAGUAAUUGAAAUUAAACAAAAAAAGGAAAGGAAAGUUGCUUCCGCACGCAACACAAAACACAUUACAGUUUAGGGUAUGCAGAGUGUUGUGCAAUUGUAAAGAUCGGUCUGUCUGUAUUGCGAUUUGUGAGAAGAAGAAAAGAGUUGAGUUUUGCCGUAAAGCUUCCUCGAAGAGAUAUUUAGAAAAGUGAUGUUUUGUUUUGCUGACUGAGAAGAUGUGAUGAACAAGACAGCGAAAAGUGUAGUUGUUUGUGGUGGUAGAUCUGAUUAAAGUUAUUUUGGAAUUGGAUCGAUAAAUUGCCUGAUUUGAAAAAUUACAAGAGAAGCGAUGUCAUUAAGCAGCUUUGUUUCUUCACUAGAAGAUAUUUAAUUUAUGUUAAUUUAAGCAUGUUCAUUGUAUAUUUUUACCCUUCAAACAUUGAUUGAUCAGCGCAACUUUUGUAAGAAGUUCUGUGUGAAGUGAUAAUUAAGUCGAAAGAACAAAAUUACCUCAACCAAUUAAUGCUAACUGCUGCCGUCUUGCACGAAGCUAGUUUGUGUAGCAUGAUUCUGUGUGUUUUGUUUGUACGUGUUUCGAUCGGACACAAAACGGUAACAGAAAAGGAACACCGAAACAAUCGGACAACGACGAGGGGGGAGGUAAAAGAUGCGUACUGAAGGAAAGGAAAUUGCCAUCAAUUUGUUUGCUAACUGAGGACACACGACAUCGACACCGACAUACUUCUAUAAAACUGUAGGACAGAUAUUAUAUAUACGGUUUCGUUACACAGAACAGAACAAACAGAAGAAGAAGACGAAAAAAAAUAGUGGAUAAACAAACAGUCAAGCACAAAAAUUGGAUUCAAAAUUUUCAUUAUUUGCCUUCAAGUGUACUUGUGUAUUUGUGUCUGUGUGUCCGGUGUGUUAUCAGCUAAUUUCAAUAGAUCGCAGACAUUGGCAUUGGUAGAGAGCGAAGGAGAGAAAGAGAAAACGAAAGUGAGACACAGCAGGGAAGUAACCAGAAGAAUUGUACGAUCGAAAAGCGCAAUAGAAAGCUUUCGCUAGAGAAAGUAAAACAAACAAGGGGUAGGGUAGGGUAACCUUGUCGUUAACUUUACGCAAGCCGUUCACAAGAUUGAUAACAAUAAAUAAAGCUGAAGAAAAAAAAAACAGAAAUGCUCUAGUGGGGCGUCAACGAAAUUCCAGUCUCUGCAGGACAACUUUCGCUACCCAAAACACACGUUCCAACAUGUUCUCAGAGCUGCGAUGAAACUUUUAUUUUUACGCGUUGUCCAUUUCACCAUUUUGUUUUGAUAGAUGGUUUUGUGUUUGUUGACCGGUUCACCCGGGCUUCCUUCUUUGGGGGAGGGCGUUGGAAAAACGGGUUAAGAAACGAGAUUGAUUUUUUUAUCCCUUCGCUAGUUGGAGUGAUCGUUUGCGAUCCUCCUAUGCUCCCUUACCUGAUCUCUCCCUGAUCACCUUCAUCAUGCGCGACAAAACAUGGCAGAUUGUACGUGUUCUGUGUGUAUGUAUGUAUGUGUGUGUAUGUGUGCGUGUAUUGUAUCCGUUUGACACAAUUCUACCUAAUAUCCUUUUUUCUUCUAUAUUAUGCUAUCCCUUCCUACUAUUCCUUUACUGCAAAGUACGUGUACGUGUGUGUACGUGUGCGUGUGUAUGCAACUGUGAAAGCUCUGUCAGCGAGAUAAAAUAUCAAAGUAGAAACAUCCGUGCCUUGAAGGGCAGGUAACAGAGCGAAAGUUUGAGAUUGAGAAAGAGUGAGGUUUCGUAUUUUGCCUAACGGCCACCAAGCAGCAGCCGACUUAUCAGCGUACAAUUCAGCUUAAUCGCGUUUUUUUAUCGAGUUAAAAAUGUUACCUCAUAUGUUGCUGUAGCUUUUAUAGUUAUUCAAAAGUGUGUGGAUGUGUGUCUGUUUUUUAUUUUAUACUUAUGUUUUUUGUGUGUUUUUUUUGUGUAUUAUUUUUUAUACUGGUUUAGCUGCUGUUGCCUCUUUUUUUAAAUUCAUUUCUCCUCCUACCUCUCCUACCUCUCCUACCAACUAUGUUCCUCGGGAUGAUGCAAGGAAGAAAGCAAGAGUGUACGAGCAAGCUCACGGUGCAUGCUCGGUGUAUUUGAUAUAUUAUGUGUGUUCGAGCUUAGCUGCUUAUAUUAAUUCUAUAUCCUAGGGAACUGCUCCUGUCUCUCCUGUGCCUUCUGUUACAAAUGUUCUACCGGCACUGGGUAAUGCCACUAUCGACAAUCGUUAUCAAAUAAUCAACACCAGAUAAACUAUCCUUCAGCUGCCCGCUGUCCGCUGUUUCGCUCUCAGCCAACUAAGGAAACUAACUCUCUGUAUGAUAAACGAUACUUUUAUAAUGAGCAAUUCAAAGUGAAACACCUAUUACUGGUGAAACAAAACAAGUAAUUGUUGAAAUGAGAUUAUUUACAAAACAAAUCGAAAACUAUUGUUUACCAUGUUUUUUUUUAAAGAUUUUCUUCUCAUAGAACGUCUUAAGCAUUUCUUAAAGGUUAAAUUGCUCCUAAGCAACUGUCCUGCUAGUACACCUGGAAGCCUAAAAUUAAUUAAAACUGGUUCCAUAAAACUUUAGUCAGCUCUGUUUAGCUUACUUAGUAUUUACUUAUUUUUU